AUGCCUCCUCCAGAGACCAUGUUUUGUGCUCAGCAGAUCAAAAUUCCCCCUGAGCUGCCUGACAUUCUGAAGCAAUUUACCAAAGCUGCUAUUAGGACUCAACCUCAUGAUAUUUUGCAGUGGGCAGCUGCGUACUUUUCUGCACUGUCAAAAGGUGAACCCCUUCCUGUGAAGGAGAGGUUUGAAAUGCCUUUACCAACAGAGGAAACAGAGGGUGGUUUGACCCCAGGACUCCUUAAAAUCUUGCACAAGCAGUUUUCUCCCCAAGGCAUGGUGAAUGUUGCAGAACUGAAGGAAAAGUGGAAGCACCUGUGCUUGCCAGAGGAGCAGCUGAACACUAUCCUGCAACUGGGCAACUUUGGUGAGGAGGCAGAAUGGAUGAAGAUUCUGGCACUUGGGUGCAGCGUGCUCGGCAAGUCCUUACUGAGUUCAAUGAAACAUGCCUGUGAAAUCAUAACAAGGGACCCAGAAGGCGGAGCAGCGAGCGUUCCAUUCGAAACGUUCUCGUUCCUCUACUCCUAUUUGGCCAGUAUCGAUGGAGAGAUACCAGAGGAGAAAACUGAAGCUUUCCUCCAAAGGAUUAAAGAACAAGCUGACCAACAAACCGGCAUGGUGCUGCUCAGAAACUUUCUGACCUAA